AUGAAAAAAACAAACUUGGACGAGUCGAUUGAAAAAUUUUGGAAGCGCGAAUCGUUUGGAACCGGAGACGAAGCCUGUUGCUCAGAUGAUGCAACCUGCGUUGACUUCUUCAACGCUACGACUCGCUAUAACGAACGCGAAAAACGUUACUACACACGUUUGCCAUUCAAAGUUGAAAAAAGCUGUCUGCCAGAUAACUUCAAUCAUAGUCUAGCAUGCCUACGAUCCAACUGGAAGGCACUCACCAAGAAAUCUGAGUACCUCGACAGAUACAACGACAUCAUUCAAGAUCAGCUCCAAAAAGGCAUCAUUGGAGAACUCCCUCCUUCCCAAACAACACAGCCGGGCACAUUUCUGUCACACCAUGCCGUCAUCAACGAAUCCAAAAAGCAGACUAAAAUUCGCCUCGUUUAUAACGGCAGUGCAAGAGUACGAAACGCUCCGAGCCUCAACGAUUGUCUCUACAGAGGACCUGUGUUGCUGCCCGAUUUAAGCGGAAUUCUGCUCAAAAUACGUCUCACUCUCAUCCUACUCACAGGCGACAUCGAAAAAGCAUAUCUCAUGGUUGGACUACAAGAAUGUGACCGACCAUCCACAAAAUUCCUUUGCAACAAUUCAUUUACAUUUAACGGAGACAGCAACACCCUUAUCACAAGAAAUUUUGGAAUCCUGUUAUGUGACAACAUCUUCCUUUCUGCAUCAUCAGUGGACGAGGCCAUGCAAAAAUACAUCGAAACAAAAAAGCUCUUCACGCUCGCUGGUAUGAAUGUUCGCGAAUGGACCUCUUCCUACUCUCAAAUAAACGCUACCCUCCAGCCACUCGAACACGCGCCUGUGGAUCGAAUUACGAAACUUCUUGGACUAACGUGCAACAUCGUCGCCGAUACUCUUUCCAACCGCGUACCCUUUUUACAGCACCAAAUGGAUCACCCCACGAAGCGAUCCGUACUUAAGAUCAUAGCUUCCAUCUACGAUUCGCUUGGUUUUAUCGCACCGGUGACGGUAGUCGCGAAGAUGUUCUUGCAGAGUCUUUGGAAAAAGCAGUUACAAUGUUACGAACGUCUUCCCGAAGAUAAACAAAAAAAAUGGACCAGUAUUACAUCCUCCUGGACUCAACCGUAUCUCGAACUCCCCCGCAGAAUCGUUUCUUCUGAAUUCGAUUGGCAAUCUUCCCAAAUUCAUAUUUUCACCGACUGGUCAUGUCAAGCCUACUGUGAAGUCGCUUAUUUAAGAUUGGCAACUUCACGCCAAGUUGAAACGAAGCUGUUAAUGGGAAGAACUCGACUAUGGCCGCUUCAUAACACAGUCACCAUUCCACGAUUUGAACUCAGUGUCCUCACACUCGGCUCUUCUCUCAUGCGCCAUCUUACGCAUGAACUGAAAAUCACCUUCCAUCAACUCUAUGGUCAGACUCUAAAACUGCUGUUCAGUGGGCAAAGACGACAUCAAGCCUCCCAGUAUACGUACAAAACCAUGUCAAAGACAUCAAAAAGAACGCUCCCAAUGCGAUCCUCCGGUAUGUACCCACGAAUUACAACCCCGCUGAUCUAA